AUGCCUCCUCUGCAAAACCCAAUACUCCCCGGUUUCAACCCGGACCCGUCCAUCCUAAGAGUCGGAGAUGAUUUCUACAUCGCCACAUCAACAUUCGAAUGGUUUCCCGGCGUGCAAAUCCACCACUCCACAGAUCUUGCCAAUUGGGACUUGGUGGUUCGCCCUCUCAGCCGCAAGAGUCAACUCGACAUGCGAGGUAACCCAGACAGUUGCGGCAUCUGGGCACCCUGUCUCUCACACGACGGCGAGAAAUUCUGGCUCGUUUACACGGAUGUGAAGCGCAAGGAUGGCUCCUUCAAAGACACAUUCAACUACAUUGUUACUGCACCUGACAUCAAGGGACCCUGGUCUGACCCGAUAUUCAUCAAUGCCUCUGGGUUUGAUCCAUCCUUAUUCCACGACUCUGACGGGCGUAAAUGGUUUGUCAACAUGAUGUGGGAUCAUCGCAAACGCCCACACGCCUUCACAGGCAUCGCUUUACAGGAAUUCAGCCCAUCCGAAGGAAAACUCAUUGGCCUCCGGGAGAACAUCUACCGCGGCACAGACUUGGCCCUCGUCGAAGGACCGCAUCUGUACAAACGAAACGGAUGGUACUAUCUCCUCACAGCUGAAGGGGGAACAGCAUACGAUCAUGCCUGUACACUAGCUCGAUCCCGUUCCAUCUGGGGCCCGUACGAGACUCACCCCCAGAAACAUGUCCUCACCUCCAAAGACGCCCCGUUUGCUGCCCUCCAGCGCUCUGGGCACGGAGACGUCGUCGAGACCCGGGACGGUAAGACAUUCCUGGUACACCUGGCGGGACGGCCAGUCGGUCAAGAACGGAGAUGCGUUCUAGGCCGCGAAACGGCCAUCCAAGAAGCCUUCUGGGGUGACGACGAUUGGCUGUACGUGAAAAACGGACCAGUGCCGUCGUUGAAUGUGCAAGUCCCAGGUGUUCGAGACGAGUCUACGUAUUGGGCAGAAAAGACAUACGAGUUCCGCCAACAAGACGGACUGCAUCCUGAUUUCCAAUGGCUCCGAACACCAGAACCAGAGAGGAUAUUCACCAUCCAAGACGGUCAAUUAGUUCUCACGGGCCGCGAAUCCAUAGGCUCCUGGUUCGAACAGGCCCUCGUCGCGCGACGACAGACACACUUCUCGUACGACGCAGAAACAGUGCUCGACUUCUCACCCACCGAUGAGAGACAAUUCGCCGGACUGACGGCCUACUACUCCCGCUACAACUUCUUCUACCUGGUCGUCACUGCGGACGCCAACGGCGACCGUGAGCUCCUCAUCAUGAGCUCCCAGGAGUCAUGGCCAGACGGCAACCUCGACGAUCUCAGCGAUGCAAGCAAGGUCAUCCGACUCCCGAAACAGGGUAAAGUACGUCUGGGACUUUCCAUUCGCGGCGGGCGUCAUCUUCAGUUCUACUAUGCCGUGGUGGACGCAGAUGAGACGAACAAGACGCCACUUCAGGCUGUUGGUCCUGCGCUUGAUGCCUCCAUUGUCUCGGAUGAGUGCGGCGGUCAUCAGGCUCAUGGGAGUUUUACAGGCGCGUUUGUGGGACUGGCGUGCUCGGAUUUGAAUGGGUUGCGGGCACAGGCGAGGUUUGGGUAUUUUGUGUAUCGUCCUGUGAGGGAUGAGAUGGAUCGGUAUGAGAUUUGA